GCCAUCCCUAUAGUCAAUGUCAGGCAACUAAGAAUUGAAAAAUUGAUGUGUUAUUUUAUUGAACUCACUCGAACAAACUUUAUUUUUAUUGGUUUCUAGAAUUCAAAUCAUGGCUAAAUUUUGUUUAAAAGACAGCGAAGAAUACUAUCUAGCCCUUUCCGAUCAUCCGAAGCGUUUCGAUGUCGACAGUCCGGCUACAAACGUUUUUUUUGAUGACACAAAUGGGCAGGUAUUUACAGUGCGGUCAGGCGGAGUGACCGGUGUGACAGUUACUGGAAUGGAUGAAACAAAAUGCACUUCAUUUAGAAUGGAAGACAAGGGUCCCAUUUUAUCUAUUAAAUUCUCACCAGACCACAGAGUGCUAUCUAUCCAGAGGAACCAAGACUCUCAGAAUGCUACAGUGGAAUUCGUCAACUUCAAAGAUUUGGCUCCAACCAAUGUGGAAUACACUCAUACAUGUAAAUGGAAGAAUGCCAAGAUCCUUGGGUUUGUCUGGCCACGGGUGAAUGAGAUCGCAUUCAUAACAGAUCAUGGCAUUGAGUUGCUUCAAGUAUUUCCUGAAAAGAAAUUGUUGAAGAAUUUAAAGAGCACUUCCUUCAGUGGUGCGUGGUUCUCGUGGUGUGCUCAGAGCAGCACGGUGGUGCUGGCCGGCAACAACGGCACACUGCUGCAGCCGUUUCUGCUCACCAACUCCACCAUCACUAAGCUACAGAAACUGGAAUUGGAGGCGGGUCGGCCGGUGGUGGAGCGCGACGUGUCGGUGCUGCGUGUCGGCGACGUCACGUACUGCGCCGUGUUCCGACACGCCGCCGCCGGCGCCGCGCCCGGACCCACUGAGGUGGUGCUGCACCCGCUGAGCGGCGGCGCGGCGCGCUGCCUGCGCACGGGGCUGGCGGGCCGGUUCGCGCUGCACGCCGUGAGCGGCCUCGUCGUGGUGCACCACCAGUCGUCGCAGACGUCGCAGGUGUUCGAGGUGUCGGCGGCGGCGCCCGUGGUGGCGGGGCGCGGCUUGCGGCCCGCGCUGCUCCACGGGGAGCCCUGCCCCAUGUACUCGAGCAACUGGGUGGUGUUCCAGCCGGACUACAUCAUCGACGCGCGCCUCGGCUGCCUGUGGCGGGUCAGCUUGCUGCCGCCGGGACUCGUCCACAAUAUCCCGAAGGAGGAGAUCCCGCGCAUGGUGUCGGUGUUGCUGCGUCGUCCCGAGGGCGGCGCCACCGUGCUGCGCGUGCUGCAGCAGCUGGCGGCGGACGCGGGGAAAUAUCUGCUCGAACUCACAGCUGUUUUUGAUGAAGUCAACUCGGUGUAUAGGAAGUGGGCGGACGCGGAGGUGGCGCGCAACACGGCGGGCGCCGCGCCGCGCAGCGCCGCGCCCGCGCCCGUGCUGCUCUCGCAGGCCGACAUGUGCGCGCGCGUGCUCAACGCGCACGUGGACGAGGCGCACACCGUGCAGGUGAUCACCGCCUACCUGGCGUCGCUGGCGCGCCACGGCCUGGGCGCGCAGCACUGCACCGGCGAGCUGGCCGUGCGCGCGCUGGUGACGCGCGGCGCGGCGGGCCGCCUGCGCGCGCUGGCCCGCCGCGCCGCGCUGGCCGACGGCCGCCCGCUGGCCUGCCAGCUGCUGUCGCUGGGCCACCGCGACCCCGCCGCCGCGCAGCUCGCGCUCGACAUGCUGGCGCGGCUCGGCGCGCACGAGGAGAUCGCGGAGGUGCUGCUGAGCUGCGCGGAGCCGGUGUCGGCGCUGGGCGCGGCGCGGCAGGCGGGCGCGCCCGUGCCGCCGCGCAAGCUGCUGAGCGCCGCGCGCGCCUACGCCGAGCGCGAGGCGCGGCCGCUCGCCUUCCUGGCCGUGUUCCACGUGCUGCGCGCCCGCAACCUGCGCGCCAGGGGCGACCCGCGCUUCCUCAAAGGAGAACAAUGCGACAGCUUUGUGGAGUACUACAACCAGCUGAUGUCGGAGUGAGCAGGCCGCCGCGGGCGAGGCUGGGCGAGGUCGAGCAGUUUCUCCCUUCACUGCCCGCUGCAGCCGCCGCAGUAGACUAGCAUUUACAUCCCUAAGUUUAAGUACCUACAUACAUUUAUUAUAUUUUAUGUAAAUAAUAAAAUGUACCUAUUUUUGUUAUAUUAAAUUAUACCUUUUUAUUAGCAUUUCUGUAUUUUAACUGUUUAAUAAAGAAAUAGGUACGUCUUCCUCAUCUUGACCCAAACUGUAGCUAACAUCGUGUCUAGACAAACAGAGCAAGGUCAAUAUAUUUAACAGCAUUUAUCGCGGGCACUUCUAGUUAUGUAAAAAAUAACAAAAUUAUUUUUCAAAGUCAAAUCUACAUAUCUGUAGACCAUUUAUUUGUAAAUAAGUCAAACCUCUAAGCUGUUGAUAUGUCAAUGGCUUUUCGGCAAAACUUCAUCCCAAAUAUAAUAGGAAUCGGCACCAAAAUAAAUGUCAGUAUGUAAUAUAAUUGUGGCAAUAGUGAAAUUUUGUAGUUAAGGUUUCUGAUAAUGUUGAUGGAUUGGUAUGGUGAAGCCACUAAACUUUUCUCCUGUGGAUAAAAUAAUAAAAUAAUGUUUUUAA